AUGGCCCACGAGUGCCCACUGUCCCCACGGGUGCCAACUGUCCCCAGGUGUGAUGGCAGAAAAGGCGUCGUGGAUCCCCCUGCUCAGGACAGUUGCAGUGGGUCCCCAGUGUCCCUACCGGUGGUAUCGGGGUGCCGCCAGCAGCAGGUGGCUGUGUCCCUGGGGCAGAGACCGAGGUGUGCCCUGGGCCGGUCCCCAGUGCAGGAGGACCCGCGGGGGAUGAGGACCCGCGGGGGAAGAGGACCCGCGGGGGAUGAGGACUCGCGGGGGAUGAGGACUCGCGGGGGAAGAGCAGCUGCCCGGGCGCACUCCGGGACUCCGUCCCGUUCCCUGUGCAAACUCAUGCCCGGUGCGGACCCGACCCUGGGCAGACCGGAUCGUGAUGGGGACCCGUGCCGGUACAGACCGGAGCUCGGCGCAGACCCACCCCGGCAGGCGCCGUCCGACCCGGCACAAACGGUUAACAUCGCAGGGGCCGAAAUCUGGCUCCUCCCGGUACCUCCCCGCGCCCGGCCCCGGGCCCGGCGGGGCCGCCCAGUCCUAGUCCAGCUCCAGCCCCGUCCUCCGGCACCGCCCAGGCUCCCUGCACCGGCCGGGGGCACCGGGGGCACCGCCGGAACCAGCAGCACUGGGGCACGGCGAGCAACAGAAGCACCGGGAGCAUCGGAGACAGCAGGGGUGUGGGAGGCACCGGGAGCACCGGGAGCACCGGGAGCACCGGGAGCACCGGGAGCACCAGGAGCACCGGCACCCCGGCCCCGCACCAUGAUCUGCGGCAAGAAGGCUCGUCCCGCCGCCGAGCAGCCCCGCUCCCCGCUGUAUGGCCCCGGUGGCUCCCGCCGGCCCGGCAGAGCCUUGAAGAAAAUGGGUCUGACGGAGGAUGAGGAUGUCCAGCGGAUGCUGCGGGGGUCGCUGCUGCGGAAGAUCAAGGCCCGGGGGGUGCCCAGGGAGCGUCUGUUCCGGCUGCAGGAGGACGGAGCCACCGUCUGCUUCGAGGGACGCUUCAGGGGAGCUCACUCCCUGCGGAGCUUCUCGGUGCUGCACGUGGAGGGGGUGCGUGAGGGGCACCAGUCAGAAGGCCUACGCAAGUACGGUGCCACCUUCCCCGAGUGCCACUGCUUCACCAUCGUCCUCAAGGGCAAGCUCAAGAACCUGGACCUGGCUGCCCGGGGCGAGGAGGAUGCCCGCCACUGGGUGCAGGGCCUCACCAAGCUGAUGGGAAGGCUGCAAGCCAUGAGCCAAGCCGAGAAGCUGGACCACUGGAUCCAUGGGGUCCUGCAGCGAGCGGACAGGAACAAGGACAAUAAGAUGUCCUUCCGGGAGGUGAAGAGCAUGCUGAGGAUGAUCAACAUCGACAUGGAUGAUGGCUACGCCUACAGGCUCUUCAGGGAGUGCGACCGCUCGGGCAACGAGCGGCUGGAGGGCCGGGAGCUGGAGGAGUUCUGCCGGCGGCUGCUGCGGCGCCCGGAGCUGGAGGAGCUCUUUGGGCAUUACUCGGGCGAGGACCUUGUCCUGUCCGCCGAGGAGCUGCAGGACUUCCUGCGGGACCAGGGCGAGGAUGCCAGCCUGCGCCAGGCGCGGUCCAUCAUCCGCGCCCACGAGCUGAACGAGAAGGCCAGGCAGCAGGACCUGAUGAUGCUGGAUGGCUUCAUGAUGUACCUGCUCUCGUCCGCCGGUGACAUCCUCAACCAGGAGCACACCAAGGUGCACCAGGACAUGAGCCAGCCCCUGUGCCACUACUUCAUCUCCUCCUCCCACAACACCUACCUGACCCGCAACCAGAUCGGGGGCACCAGCAGCACCGAAGCCUACAUCAGGGCGCUGAUGUCCGGCUGCCGCUGUGUGGAGCUGGACUGCUGGGAAGGCUCCGACGGGGAGCCCAUCGUGUACCACGGCCACACCCUCACCUCCAAGAUCCUCUUCCGUGACGUCAUCGAGAGCAUCCGCGACUAUGCCUUCAAGCAAUCGCCCUACCCUGUCAUCCUGUCCCUGGAGAACCACUGCGGGCUGGAGCAGCAGGCCACCAUGGCUCACCACAUGAGAGUCAUCCUGGGGGACAUGCUGCUGGCACAGCCACUGGAGGGGCAGGACCCCCACAGCCUCCCGUCCCCGGAGCAGCUGAAAGGGAAGGUCCUGGUGAAGGGCAAGAAGCUGCCAGAGCCAUGGCAUGAGCCCCAGGGUAUCACCUCCCUUCCGGAACCUGAGGACGAGGAAGAGGAGGAGGAGGAGGAGGAGGAAGAGGAGAGGUUUCAGGAGAGAAGCAGGCGGCAGUCCUCCCAGGCACUGCAGGAGAUCAGACCUUUGCAGGCCAAGGAUGCGUCACAGGUGGCCCCAGAGCUGUCAGCCCUGGUGGUGUACUGCCAGGCUGUGCCCUUCCCCGGCCUGGCCCAUGCCCUGCGCCACCCCCAGCCCUGGCAGAUGUCCUCCUUCAGCGAGAGGAAGGCUCGGAAGCUCAUCAAGGAGGCAGGCGCGGCGCUGGUCCGGUACAACGCCCAACAGCUCAGCCGCAUCUACCCGCUGGGGCUGAAGAUGAACUCCUCCAACUACAACCCCCAGGAGAUGUGGAACGCUGGAUGCCAGCUGGUGGCGCUCAACUUCCAGACGCCAGGCUACGAGAUGGACCUGAACGCAGGACGCUUCCUGGGCAACGGCCGCUGCGGCUACGUGCUGAAGCCUCCCUGCCUGCGCUGCCCCCCCGGGCAGGGCUCCCGCAGCCUGCUGCUGCACGUCAGGGUGAUCUCGGCGCAGCAGCUGCCCAAGCUGCACCGGGAGAAGGGCAGCUCCAUCGUGGACCCUUUCGUGCGGGUGGAGAUCCAUGGUGUGCCAGCUGACUGUGCCAGGCAGCAGACCCACCACAAGCUCAACAAUGGCUUCAACCCGCGCUGGGAGGAGACUCUGAGCUUCCAGCUGCGGGUGCCCGAGCUGGCCCUGCUGCGCUUCGUGGUGGAGGACUACGACACCACCUCCUGCAACGACUUCGUGGGGCAGUUCACCCUGCCCCUGGGCAGCGUCAGGCAAGGCUACCGGCACAUCCACCUGCUCUCCAGGGCGGGGGCGUCCCUGUCCCCUGCCACGCUCUUCGUGCACAUUCGAUGCCAGAGCCUGUGAGGACCCCGCUGGAAGGAUGCUGUGCCCCGUGCUGGGGACAAGCACUUGCUCCUCCUUGGGGUGGGCACCCUCCUGAGCCGGAGCCACUCCAGUCCCCGCGUGGGGACAGCCUGGGGACACCGCUCGCCUGGCCACGGUGACAGCAGGGCUGGUUGGGGCACCCAAGGAGGUAGGGGACCCCUUCCAUGUGCCAAAGUGCCACCCCACUGCUGGGCCCUGUGCCCAGCUAGUCCUCUCCCUGGCGGUGAGCCCAAGGGGACAGAGCUGCUGUGACAACCAGGACAGAGUGGCUGAAUCACUGAAAGCCCAGAGCAGCCCCGGGCGGGUGCCAUGGGUGACAGCAGCUCCCAAACUCCACCACCCCCAGACCCACCCCGGGCUGCAAGGACAGUGCCAGCACCACCUGCAGAAUGGCAGGGGUCGGAGGGGACCUCUGGGGAUCACAGAGUCUAACCCCACUGCCAAGGCAGGGACACCAUGAGAAGGGCACCCAGGAACACCUCCAGGUGGGGUUGGAAUCUCUCCAGAGAAGGAGACUCCAAAGCCUCUCUGGGCAGCCUGCUCCAGGCCUCCAGCACCCUCACAGGAGUUCCUCCUCAUGCUUAGAUGGAACUUCCUCGGCUCAAGGUCCCCGAGGGGACUCUGCCACCAUGCAGUGCC